AGGAAUGCAGCAGAAAGCCAAAAGCCAAAAGCCAAAAGACGGAAGAGCCUCGUGCACCUUUCGGCAGAGCGCGGAUCACGAAGGAGGAGGCGGUGAGGCAGAGCAGAGCAGAACAGAGAUCGACAGAACGCAUCUGCGUGCGUGGUUUGUCUCUUCCUCGCAGCGCACGUUUCUUCGUGCGCAAGGCCAGGGCAGGCCUGGAGGGUGGGCAGGUCGAGGAGCUCCGUCUCAGGAUCCAUUGCCAUCACCAGGAUUGGUUGGUAUCAGGGAAGGGAAGUUCUGCUGGAAGCAGUCGUGUCGCGUAAAUCGUGAGCUCCACGAGACCUGGAGAAUUUUGUAGCGUUGGAACUUGAAGGAGUGCUGGAAUCGACAGUGAGUUGGUUCGUUUGCUGGAGGAGACGGAAGGAAGAGGGUAGAGAUCUGGCAAGAGGUGGGCGAGGAGCCCGGCAGAGCAAUGUCGGAUUACCAUUUUGUGUACAAGGACGUGGAGGGGACGAGUACACAGUGGGAUGACAUUCAAACCAAAUUGGGCAAUCGGCCCGCGAAGCCGGCUCCUCACAAGCCUCCGGCAUGGAGCCCUGCGGAAGACGAGCGCGAUCAGGUCAAGAACAAGGAGUGGAUGAGCACUAAGACUGUAGAGGAAUUGGAAGACCUUGCAGAUGAUCCAGAUCUGGAUGAUGAUCGGUUUAUGGAGGAGUAUCGGAAAAAACGUAUGCAAGAGCUGACGGAAAAGACUAGGAAAGCGCGAUUCGGCUCAGUUGUGUCCAUCACAGGAUCGGACUUCAUACGAGAGGUCUCACAAGCUCCUCCGGAUGUCUGGGUUGUCGUCCACCUCUACAAAGACGGAAAUCCCAAUUCUGAGCUGCUGGGUCAGUGUCUAGAUGACUUGGCUACCAAGUAUACAGGAACCAAAUUUGUGAAGAUAGUGUCGACAGAUUGCAUCAAAGAUUAUCCAGACUUCAAUUUACCAACUUUACUUGUCUACAACAACACUAAUGUCAAAGCCACGCUAGUUGGUCUUCAACACUACGGAGGUCGGAGAUGCACACCAGAAGAUGUGGCAUUUAAGUUGGUCUCGAUAGGUCCUGUUCUAUUGGGCCCUAAUGACGACGAUAGAGAGGCCGUUACGGAGAGAGUGCGUAGAGAUUUUUUAGAAAAAAUUGUAUCUAAACUUGAGCAAAAAGAGGCUGAUUCCGAUGAUGAUUAGUUCACAACUCCCGUUAGGAUAGAGAUUUGAUAGGUAGGAUCAUACAAGGCCUUGGAAGUGUUUAUUUUUUGGGCUUAGGAGCCGCUUUCUGUAAAGGUUGCCUCCGUUGAUGUAUGUACGAGCAUACAAGAUGAGAUGUGUUUUUAAAAUUGUAGUUCUACAGAACACUAGGCAUAUGGUUCGCCUGGUCGCAGCUGGAAGAUUUGAGCACAUUCUGACCAGCUUUGUCACCGUUUCCUAUACUCUUUGGUAAAAAACCGAGGGGAAACAGUUUUGAUUGUAUCGACUUCGAGCUCAUUUUCUUGAACAGUUAUCAAUCGAGGUAUGUCUCUGCAAAGUAUUGGCUGGAACUGACGGUUGAACGAGUGGGAGGGGAGAUAAUGGUGUUAGUGGUCACAAAGUGUUACUGUAAUGUGUAAAUCUUAUAUUUUGGAAGUUUUGGAGACAGUUCGGCC